ACUUACUUCACCAAGGAGAAAAAGCUCUACAUAAGGUGGACCGUAAUGUCAGCUAUGACCCUGGAGUCCUGCUGGCCUCGGAUACUGAUCAUGGCUAUCUAGUACAAUGGCGAGUACACCAGAGGCCACUUACCAUGCACCGCAUGCGUUUACAGGAGCUGCACUACAUCGCUAAUGAGCUGGAUAACAUUGGAGGGGGGGACAAUGACCUGGUGAUUGUCAUAAACUGCAUGGCGCACUUUAUCUCAUUCCCGGUAAAAAUUUAUCUGCAGAGGAUAAGAAAUAUCCGUAAUGCCGUUGUCCAGUUAUUGAACCGAAGCCCCCAGACCAAGGUCAUCAUCAAGUCCGGGAACACCGGCUUCCUCUAUGAACACGGCAGUGACUGGCUGUCCCUCCAGCUGGACACCCUAAUGAGGGCCGUCUUCUCAGGACUUCCAGUUACAAUAAUAGAUGCCUGGCAGAUGACCUCCUGCCAUUACCUGCCCAAAGACCUUCACCCUCAGGAAAUCAUUAUCAAGAACAUGGUGGACUCGAUGCUCUCCUACAUUUGUCCAGAAUAGGUUGGUACAGACAACAUUGUGACAGGAAUCCUCAUCAUCAUUGCUGGAACAUAGGACCAAAACCUCCACCUUCACUAUGCCUGAAGAGACAUCACAGAGCUGUUCUGUACAGUAUGUUGUGGUGUAAAGAAAAAAAACUGAUGGGUUAGACAUAGGAAAAAAAACACUUACUGCUCUUAAUAAAGGUGCAGCCAUUGGCUGAAUGCUCUUGACUCCCCAUACACCCUUGGCUAGAUGAGCGUAUAUGGUAACCAGUUGUCUAUGGGGAGAGAGGAGAAAGCUGCCGGCAUACACUUCUGUUAGCCUGUUAUCUCUUGGAAGAAGUAAAGGAUCGAGUACUAAAACAGAUAUAUGUAACUAAGUGAGCACAAGUUGACUUCAGAGGGGUCACUUCCAUUUGGAGGAGACUCUAGUUUUGCUGUACCAGUUCUCUGGAAUGCUCUGCCCCAAGCAAAUACAGUAGAUGAAUUCACAACAUCCACAGUUUUAGAUACUCCAUAAAACAUAUAUUUUUAGUUUGGCCUCACAUCCUCUGAUCUAACUCUCCUCCAUUCACCGCCCCCAUCCCCAUCAUUGAUCCAUCAUCAAAUAUUUACACCCCUGCACUCAGAGGCGCUACAUAUAUCGUCUGGUGACGGCUCGUGCAGCUUUAUAUCUUCUCCCCUAUUGUGAUAAGAUGGCCGACCACUGUACAAAACCGGCUGUUGUUAUCUUCUGUGUCAGGCCAUCUCCUCAUAGCGUAGAGUGUAAGCUCUUGUGAGCAGGGCCCUCAUUCCUCUG